CGCGUUAGCCCACAGUUGUUACCCGUAUCAGAGCAUGGCAAUCCCAGUCCCAGUGUCUCGUUCUCUGCCAUCCGACCUCACACAGUCUUCUCCCGUUCUCUCCUCGUCGCCAAACCUGUCAGGCACGGCGAUCACCGAAGUCGAAGUCUUGGACAAGGACGGUGUGCCGCUCAACACUCCAUGGACAUUCUGGCACGACAAGUCGGUGGUCGGAGCGUCGGCUGCAGAAUACGAAGCGAAUUUGAAGAAAUUGUAUACGGUGCAUACAGUUCAGAGCUUCUGGUGUGUCUAUAAUAACAUACCUCCAGCUGAUCGCCUUCCUGUAAGGACAAGCUAUCACGUGAUGCGAGGAGAUCGGAGACCAUUAUGGGAAGAUAAAGAGAACGUGAACGGUGGCUACUGGAAAAUGAAAAUAAAGAAACACAAUACUAAACAAACAUGGAUAGAACUGUUGCUAGCAAUGAUUGGCGAACAGCUGACUGAUCACAUUGAGAAAGGUGACGAGAUAUGUGGACUAAGUGUUAGCAUUAGAGAGCGUGAUGACAUCGUACAGAUUUGGAACGGUAAUGCAAUGGUGGCAGAAAAUGCACAGGUUAUGGAUAAAGUGAGAGAGCUCCUUCCUGAUGUAAUCGAGCACGAUUUUUAUAAAGCACAUCAGAGUCAUCGGGCGUUUGAAGCUGAUCUGGCGAUUCGACAGAACAGUGACUCUGGAUUGGCUAAUUCGGACGCAUGAAUGCAACUUAGACUACAGUCAAUCUUUGUACAGAUUUGUAUCUUGAUUUGCACGUUGCAUUUGUACAGUAUUUGAUAGGCUUGUGGUAGGUCGAGUAUUGUUUGUGUUUGUUUCUCAUGUCGAUCUCGCAUUUGAAAAUGAUAAAAUGGAUGGUUGUUUUA